AAUCUCCCAUUUAAAUCUGACCAGCUCUUGUGCGGCUGACCGGAGACAAAGAGCUACAUGCCUAUUGGCUGCCGCCGUGUGCGCCCUGUUGUCCCCCAGCAGGAACAGCUCGGCCCCUAUUCACAUGUAAAUAAACCCCUAUAAAUACUAGUAACAACAAGUCAGCCGGCAACAGCAGCACGUCUCAUUUGGAUUGCACAUUAAACACAAGCCAGGCAGCAGAGAGGGAGAGGAGAGGAGAGGAAAGCUCGACCAAGCAAACAUGGCUCCUUCUGCUCGGCAUAGCAAGACCGACUUUGGCGUGCAAGAGGAGGAGUGCUACUAUGGCAUCCGGAAGGUGGACAGAAAGACUAGGAAGCCUCUGGUGGAGAAGCAGAGGCGAGCUCGCAUCAACGAGAGUCUGCAGGAGCUGAGGAGCUUGCUGGCUGAUUCGGACUUGCACUCCAAGAUGGAGAACGCGGAGGUGCUGGAGAUGACGGUGAAAAAGGUGGAGGACGUUUUGAAGAACAGAACGCAAGAAACAGACACGCUGAGCCACGAAGCAAGCGAGCGAUUUGCAGCCGGCUAUAUCCAGUGCAUGCAUGAAGUCCACAUGUUUGUGUCCACCUGCCCCGGCAUCGACGCAACCGUGGCCGCCGAGCUGCUCAACCAUUUACUGGAGUGCAUGCCCCUCAACGAAGACCACCUCCAGGACAUGCUGAUGGAUCUAAUCGCGGACACGUCCGGGAACGCGGGCGGCACGUGGCGCGGAGGCGGAGACCCGCUUUGUUCGACGCUGGCCUCUCCCGGGGGAAGGAGCAUGUCCUCCGGCACGUCAAGCGAGGACUCGUGCUCCGAUCUGGACGACACCGAUAGCGAGCACAACCAGAGCACUACGGAGGCUUUGGAAAACAGGCAAGCUUUGAGCACGCCCACCACAACCUACUCCAGGUCCAUGUGGAGACCUUGGUAGGAGACUGCCGGUUUCCGCGAGCUGCAUGGACCUGUGGGCGCCUUUGAACGGAAUGAGGAAAAAUUCCACCCCAAAACAAACACUUAAUAAUUACAAACGAACCGACUUUUCCUCCGUCACCUCAUCCGUGGAUUUCUAUCUGGACUCCACAACUCACCUUCACAAGAUAAAGACAAAAUGACCCUGUGGAUCCAUGGGAUGGUUCAUUUUUUUUUUCUACUCAGUCUCAUUUCAAUUCCGGGAAAUACUAAAGUCCACUCAAUGCACACACCAACAAAAAGUGUUUGCAGCCGGCCGUUGGAUUUUGCAGCUUCAUUGUUCCGUUUGAAGAGUGGAUUUUCCUUUAGGCACGUCAAUGAAGUAGUGGUUAGCACAUAUGCUUCCUAAUUCUGAAGUCCCGGAUUCCAACCUCGACUUUGGGCUACCUGUGUGGCAUUUGCAUGUCCUCCCCAUGCAUGCGUGCAUGUUUUUUUUAUUUUAUUUUUUGUCCAGCUUCCUCCCGCAUUCCCAAAACAUGUAUGCCAUGUUAAUUGAAUACUCCAGAUUGUACGUGGAUGUGAUUGUGAGUGUGAAAGGUUGUUUGUCUACUUGUACCUUGCCAUUGGCUGGCAACCAGUCCGGAUUGUACCCCGUCUCUCGCCAAAGUCAGCUGGCAUCGGCUCCAACCCACCCAAUGAUGACCCCAAUGAGGAAAAGGAGUGUCCAUAACACUGGUCAAAGGCAAUUUUUAAUCAGACAUAGCUUUCCUUAUGUGUCCCUAUUGUAUUUUUGACACUGAUUUCAGAAUUGUCUUUACCUUUCAUCCAGUACAUCCAUUUUAGAGAUAUUUUCUUUUUUUGAUUUGUAAGAUUGAACUGUAAAAUAUGAUGUAAUUUAUAGUUAUGAUGUUUCUGGAAAAAAAAUCCACCUGUUGCUCAACCCAACCUUUAAUUCAGAUAAAUAUAAUUAUUAUUACUAUGAAAACCUGAUGUGCUAAAGCACAUGUGUCAAAGUCAGGGCCCGGGGGCCAGAUCUGGCCCGCCACAUCAUUUUAUGUGGCCCACCCACGAGAGCAAAUCAAGCAUGUCAAGUUCCAAGAUGCUUGCUAAAGUCUGAACCAAAUUUUCAAACUGUCAUAUGUAAUCCACAAGAACAGUCAUUAUUUUUGACUUCUGAUUCAUCAUAUUGUUGUGCGCCAUGUAUGUAAUAUGUGGAGGUGAUUAAACAUUGAUAUGGUUUCCCAAAAUUUAUAACGGCCCUCCAAGGCAAACCGUAACUACAAUGUGGGCCGCAACAAAAAUGAGUCUUACACCCUUGUGCUAGAGGGGAAAAAACAAAAACAAAACAAGGGCACAUUCGGGAAUAAGUGAAAAAAGGCAUUUCGAAAAGUUUACCUCUCAUUUCAGAUGAAAAAAAUGCAUUAAAAAAUCUGUCGACCAGUGUUACUUUUGCAUGGACGGAUUUCCCUUGAGGGGGGCAUGUGGCCCGAUAACAACACUCUUCCUCACACUUACAGUUCAGCCACGGUGGACAAAAUGAGGAAUUGACCCCUGUUUAUGUGAAUAACUUUCAUGUACUGUAUAUAGGAUUUGUAUGGGGAGAAGCAAGCUCUUUUAGAAAAUGUAAGUUUGGCAGUGCCUCUGAUUAAUAUAAAUACAGUAUUUUUAAUGUAUUCCAUCAAGAUUUGUAGUUUAUCUGUCCUGUAAACUCCUUUAGAAUGUUGUGUUGCUAUCACGUGUAGAUCACUGAUUUGGAUGAAUAAAAUAUUUUAACGGAAA